GUGUGCAGUGUGUUCAAAGAGGAGGCGUCACAGGACCCAGACUACCCUGAGAGAGAGUGAGCGGCGAGAACGAGAGCGAGGCACAGGAACAGCGCUCCGGAAAAGAGAGAGAGAGCAGCAGCUGCAGAGUCUUGUGGUUUGUCUGUGUGUUUCUGUAUAUGUACACAGGUGGAGGUACACUGCCCAAUUCAACAAUGGCCACAAACCUUCUCAAAAACAAUUGCGGAGAAGAGCAGCUGGAAUUCUGGGAGCUGACGGAGAACGGCGGCAGCGAAUGGCGCGUGGAGGAGAUGCCAGGGGACUGCGGCUACGCCUUCUGCGACGAGGCCGUGUCCAAAUACUUCGCCACCUCCUUCGAGCUGUGUAUGAAGAAGCAGGUGGUGGACCUCCUGGCUGAGGGCUUCCUGCCGGACGCUCUGGACGCACAGCCAGCUGUCACUGUGGAGGACUGGUACUGUGGCCGGUCAGACUGCGGAUGUACCUAUCAGCUGGACGUCCGUCUCUUGGAUGAAAAUCAAGAGGUCCUCCAGGAUUUUAAACCCGAUCCUGUGACCCUGGACCCUGACAAUGACGACUGCUCUUGGAAACAGGUGACGCACACGUUCUCAGACUACGGACCAGGUCUACGCUUCAUUUCCUUUGAGCACGGGGGUCAGGACUCCAAGUACUGGGAUGGCUGGUUUGGGGUGAGAGUGACCGGAAGCUCUGUCACAGUGCAGGCCUGAGGGGGGUGGGGGGUGGGGUGGGGCCUGAGGGGGGCGGAGCCAGAGACCCAGCCCUGCAUGAGCUGCCGCUUAAACCACGCGUCACAAUGCACCCGUAAUAGAUGAUGUCAUAAAGGACAUGUAUAGCCUGUGCUUUGCUCCAGCCAAUCUGCAGCGUCGGAACUUGUGGCAAGAUGUCUUGUUAAUGGUGGCAGUGCGGAGCAGGGGUUUGGGAAAAGGACUUGUAACCAGGGGGUGUUAGGUCUGAAUCCCAGCAGGGAUGCUGCUGUGUAGCUUUUAGCAAGGUAUGCACUGUGAAUUGCUUCAGUGCAUACAUUAGGCUGAAUGAAUGAUAAAUAGAUCAAAUGUUGAAUGCUAGCUAAGCUUCCACAGAAAACAGUACCAAGUAAGGAAUUAACUACAUUUGAAUAUUCCCAUUCGUCGUGUACACAUGCUCCUAAAUAUACCACUGGACCCUUGUUUUUGUGUGUACACUGACCACUACCUCUACACUGCAAUUAAGGUUUAACAAACGCGUAUUCUAAAAAUGACUAAAUGUAUAAAGACCUUACGUAUACAACAGCUACACAAUACGCAGUGUUCUCCAACUUAUGUUACUAACUGAAGACAUGGACCUUAACUUACUGAGUUUGUCAUGGUGUAAGGAGGAUGGGCAGAAUAAACAAAUAAACAUA